AACGGUCUGCAUUUCCCUUCAGAUUAGGAUAAUGGCUCGGGACUAGGGAUGCAGCGUUUUGGCGGCCAGGGCUCGACUUGUACUGUUGUUUCUGGUCGAAGGUCGAGUGUUGACAAAGAAAAGGUGGAUAAGCUGUGGCAGAGUAUGGUUUCGAUUCAGCGGCAAGGGGCGUCAAAGGAGGAUAUCGUCAUUCAAUACAAAGGCAUGACUAUUGAGGUGGAUGAGGGGCGGGCACGCCCCCCUCCUGAGCCGCCGCCAUGGAGUGCAAGCAAGUCUAGGGUUUGGAAAAAGAUGGGUGAACUCUGUUUUAAUUCCAUUUUAUUAUGUUUGUGUUUUUCUUUCGAAUUGCAUGUUGUUUUGGACGUGCUCUUAUUUCCUAGCAGAGAGAUUCUAGAUUUUAAGCCAGGUGAUGAGAAGUAUGGUUUGCCAGGUGAUCAGUAAAUAUUAUUGCUUCUACAGAGGUGAUGAUAUAUUCUAAGUCUGGUUCGAGGGCGAACGACACACAUAAGAAUUUUAAUUGCUUUGUUUACUUCUUUUUCUUUGAUUGUAUUAUCAGCCAUGUGACGAACG